CGCCUCCCCAAGGCCCCGCGAUGUCCGAAGCGCAGCCCCAAGGCCAGCACCCCCCGGCCAACCACACCGGGGCCGCGGGGGGCACUAACCGGGCCGGGAGGAACGCUGCCCUCAAUCAGAACCCUCUGAUCAAUGUUCGCGACCGCCUCUUCCACGCGCUUUUCUUCAAGAUGGCUGUGACCUACGCGCGGCUCUUCCCUCCUUCCUUCAGGCGGGUCUUCGAGUUCUUCGUGCUGCUCAAGGCUCUCUUUGUGCUCUUCAUCCUGGCAUACAUUCACAUCGCCUUCUCCCGCUCGCCCAUAAACUGUUUGGAGCACGUGAGGGACAAAUGGCCGCGCGAUGGCAUCCUGAGGGUGGAAAUCCAGCGCAACUCCAGCCGGGCCCCCAUCUUCCUUCAGUUCUGUGGCGCUGAGAAGUGUCCAGGAAUGGUAGUUGAGGCCACGGCUGAGGAAGAGGAGGAGGAAGAAGAGGAAAUGACUGUGGAUAUGUUUGAAAACAGCUCUAUCAAGUUUGAGCUGGAUAUAGAACCCAAGGUGUUCCUCAAGCCGUCCCGGAUGAGCAGCAGUGAGGUGCUGGCCCACAACGAAAGCCAGGAGUUCUCAUUUAGUGAAGCAGCCACUAAAGGUAUGCAGCCUCUGCGGGAGACUGUGUCCGAGUUUGAGAUGCUAACCAGAGCAGUGUGGCCACAGGAGGAGUACAUUGUGGAGUAUUCCUUGGAGUACGGCUUCCUGCGCCUGUCCCAGAGCACGCGGCAGCGCCUCAGCAUCCCUGUGAUGGUGGUGACUUUGGAUCCUACCAGGGAUCAGUGCUUUGGGGACAGGUUCAGUCGUCUGUUGCUGGAUGAGUUCCUGGGUUAUGAUGACAUCCUGAUGUCGAGUGUCAAAGCCUUAGCUGAAAACGAAGAGAACAAAGGUUUCCUUCGCAACGUGGUGUCUGGGGAGCACUAUCGCUUUGUCAGCAUGUGGAUGGCUAGAACUUCCUACCUGGCAGCCUUUGUCAUCAUGGUCAUAUUUACUCUGUCCGUUUCGAUGCUCUUACGCUACUCACACCAUCAGAUCUUUGUCUUCAUUGUUGACCUGUUACAGAUGCUGGAAAUGAACAUGACGAUUGCAUUCCCUGCAGCUCCCCUGCUCACUGUCAUUCUGGCUCUAGUAGGCAUGGAGGCCAUCAUGUCAGAGUUCUUCAACGACACCACGACUGCUUUUUACAUCAUCCUCAUUGUGUGGCUGGCUGACCAGUAUGAUGCCAUCUGUUGCCACACCAAUACCAGUAAGAGGCAUUGGCUCAGGUUCUUUUAUCUGUACCACUUUGCCUUCUAUGCCUACCACUAUCGGUUCAACGGGCAGUACAGCAGCCUGGCCCUGGUCACCUCGUGGCUGUUCAUCCAGCAUUCAAUGAUUUACUUCUUCCACCACUACGAGCUGCCAGCCAUUCUCCGGCAGAUCAGAAUCCAGGAGAUGCUGCUGCAGAACCAGCAGGUGGGUCAGGGCACUCAAACAACUCUCCAAGACAACCUCAACAACAACACUACCCCAGCUGGGCCGGAGGUGGGGGGUCACCGGCCUCACCUGCCUGCUGGCCCCUCCGGAGAGAGCAGCAGCCCAGCAGCUCUGGCCCCCAGCGAGGCCUCCAGUGUCGUCACCGCGGCCGCAGCCUCUUCUGUCGGGAGCGACCUCAACUGGGUUGCUGAGACAGCUGCCAUCGUUACAGAGGCUUCAUUUCUUUCUGACCUGAGCUCUUCUCUCCUGGAGCCGAACGUGGUGCACGAAGCCGUGGCUGCUGGGAACCCUCAGGAUGUUGCUGCUGCCUCCGGUUUGGUCGCACGCAUCAGGGUGAGCAGCGACCACCCGGACGCUGCCGUGGGCUCCAUCACCAUCGAGGUCACUUCAGCCUCUGCGGUCGCUGCUGCCGAUGGUUCCCCUGCCACAGAAGCAGUUCCUGCCCCCGUCCCUGGGCAGGAGGAUGGGAGCUCCAACCCCAGCCCUUCCCCUGCCGAGCAGACUGAGGCUGCGGAGAGCUCGGACAGCCAAGCCAAACCCAGUGGCAAGAACUGCAUUGCAAAUGGCAGCGUGGCAGAGUCCCCUCCGGCCUUUGUGGAGAAAACUGAUCAGGACAAACUCUUGGGCUGUGCUCUUGGGGACCGGGGGGAGAGCGGCCCUUGCCCAGCACCAGCAGGUAGUACAGCUGGCUCCAGGCCUUGCUCGGAGCCAGACUUGAGGAGCCUGUCUUGAGUCCUUGUUUCUGUCACACCGGACUGCCAGGAAGGCAUUUGGAUUUCGUUUGUUACUGUUUCUCACUUCACCAUCAUCCUUAACCCAUGAAUUCCUCUUAACGGAGGCAGAGCAGCUGGGACAGAGAAAAGAUGCUGCAGUGAACUCCCCAGAGAGAUGCACACGUGGCACUGCUCAGUGCCAGAUUCUCCCUGCAAGGAGGAAGGAGCAAGGGCACGAUGGCUCCCUCUGCCUGCAAGGCACCUGGGGAGCCCUGUGCCACUGCAGAGCUGUGGGUGAGCAGGCUGGCCGUGUUCUCAGUGUGCUGUCACAGCUCUUCUUUGCCCCCCUGAGGUUGUGUUGGCAGUCUGGCUGUUGCUUGCAAACAUGAGCUGAUGUGUGACAAACCACGUGUGUGCACGGCGACUCUCUGGUUAGAAUAGCAGCUGUGUGUGAGCAGGGAGAGCAACCAACGGCCAAGGAGAAACAAGUCACCUCCCUUUUUUCUAGGGGAAAAGAAGCUCAGUACCUCCCUUCAACACUGGAGCUGCUCACACCAGAGCAAAGCUGGGUAAUAACCAAAGCAGAAACUGCAUUUUAGCCCCAUUUCUUUUCUUUUUUUAUUUUUUCUCCUGACAUUCAACUGUCUUUAGUCGGUGGGUUUAGGGGGAGAAGUGUCCAGGUCCAGCUUAGAGCAUCCACCCAAGGAAGGAAGCAUUUGUCUGUGGUUGGAAGCAGUAAAGGCUUUAUUCAGCCCUGGAGGAAUGCUGUCCCCUUUGCUGCUGGUGACUCUGCAGGACCCUGGUGAGUUUGGCCCCUCUUCAAUGUGUCAAGUGAGAGCUCCUGCCGUGCCACAGGCAGAUGGCAUCAGUGUCCCCUGGGAGCUGACCUGUAGCCUCAGUAUCUGUCCUAGGGGAGGAGGAGGAGGGCAGCAGCUCUGUCCCUGUACAGCUCUGCUUUCGGCACCUGCAGCUGCAGGUGAGGUUGUUUGUUUUUCAGUGCCUUGUCCCUUAAAUGGGACACGUUUGUGUUUUAAGAUCAGCCCCAUCCCUCAGGAGAGGUUGGCAUCGUGCUGGCUCAGCUGUUGUGGGUUUAGCAAAGAACCAAAACACUAAAGGCAAAUUUCACCUCGCUUUCCCUCAUUCCCUUGGCAGCAGAGGCGAAAGCUUGGAUUCGUGCCCCAGUCCUGUGUGCUACACCUGGUGCCCCAGGGCUCCGUUGGACCCAGGUGGGGGUUUAGGACUUAAAACCUGCAGGUGGAGCAGGGCUGCAGAAGCAGAGUGAUGCAGGAGAGCGCUGGGUGUGCAGGGCUGGGAUGAGAGCAGCUCAGGGAGAAACCUGCUGGGAAGGAGGUGGAGGAGGGGGGCUCUGCAGGGCCCUGCAGCCUCCAGCAUCUCAGUGCCCCUCUCUCCCUUCGAGGCGCUGCUGUGGCUUCCACCAGGGCUGGGUUUCCAUAUUGGCAGCAUGGGGACUCGCAGCCCUCUGGCUUCAUUUUCUCUGCAUUUCCCACAUGGGUGCCCUCCUAUUUUUUUCUCUUUUUUGGCUUGAUGAGCCCUGGGUGCUGCUGUGGGGCACAGGGCAGAGCGUUCUGCAGCUGCCUUCCUGGGAGGGCCGGGCAGCAUGACGAGGCUCCUGAGCGUGGAUGUGCCAGGGUGCAAGAGCAAGGAGUAACCAUAGGCUUACAAGAGGGUGGGAAGGGAAGGUGGGAAAACAAACCAAAUCGUCUGAUGAAUGAGGAGUAGAGUUCAUUCUAUUUAAUGUACAAAAUGUGUUUGUAUAUAAUAAUAAAUAUUAUAUCUAACA